AUGCCUAUGACAUUCGGCGAGUUCCUCAAAACCCAACGAGCCGACCUCCCUAUCCCACCGGCCUCGCAGAUCGCAGGAGGCGUUUACAUCGUCACAGGGGCAGGCCACGGCCUUGGUCUGCAAUGCGCAAAACACCUCGUGCGUCUUGGGGCUAAGCGAGUGAUCAUUGCCGUACGGUCGGUGACCAGUGGCGAAGCCGGGCAGAAGGAGAUAGAGAUAGAUACAGGUCGAAAAGGAGUCGUGGAGGUCUGGAAGCUUGACCUGGCGUCAUACGACUCGGUCAAGAGCUUCGCAAGAAAGGCCAUACAGGAGCUGGAUCGGAUCGAUGGCCUCAUUGAGAAUGCUGCUAUUGCGCUGGACAAAUGGACCAUCUCAGAAGGCCUUGAGACAACACUGACGGUGAACGUGGUCAGCACCUUCCUUCUUGCUUUGCUUCUCUUUCCCAAGAUGAAAAACGACGCGAAGAGACUUGAUACCACACCCCACAUCGUCAUUUUGACAAGCGGACUUGGCUUUUCUCAAGAGAAGGACUUCCAGAAACUAGCAAAGCAGGGUGGCGACGUCUUUGAUAAUCUGAACAUCGAGGGGAAGUGGCCACUAGAUGACAAGUGA